CACAGGAUAGAGAUGGCAUUGAAAAGGCCAGUUGCCCUCUAAAAUCUUUGGAAUCUAUUUGGUGAUACUACUGUUGUGUUUUUAGAUAGGAGAUUUCAAAUUUGUACCAUGAAAACUUAAAGGAGUGAUCAUCUAUUUCCAGGUUAGAAUCAGAUGUGAUGUGUAAAGGAACUUGUGGUGUUGUAUUCCUAUAUCCCUUCUCUCCUUUUCCUUUUAGGUAGUAGAUUAUUCAGGAGUGAGAGGUUUUGUAGAAGUUGUUAGUUAUUAGGGCAGUAAGGUAGUGUAACGCUUUACAGCGCUCGCAAUCCAGGAUCAAUUCCACUACUGCCAGGAAGGAGUUUGUAUGUUCUCCCCAUGACUAUAUGAGUUUCCAUCAGGUGUUCCACUUCCCUCCUUCAUUCCAAAGUCAUACAGUUAGGGCUAGGAUGAAUGAGUUAAAGACAAGCUAUGCUGGUGCCAGAAAUGGGUCUCCAGCAUAAUCUUCAGAAUAUGUUGGCAGUUGAUACAAAUUACACAUUUUAUGUUUCGAUGCACAUGUGACAAAUAAAGCUAAUCUUGUCAUCCGAUCUAUCUUCUGUAAAUCCUGACUGCUGGUCUUCCAUGAGGCCCUUUCUUUUCUAUUGCAUGUACUGCCUCAAGUGAUUUCUAAGAAAUCAUAAGAAUAUAGAACUUGCUGUUUCAAGGAGUAGGUGUGGCAAAGAUCAGAAAUGUUUGUGAAGAAAAGCUGAUAAAGCACAAUAUGGAAAAAGGAGAAGGGCAAUUGAAGGUGAAAUGAUAGCAUUGUCAAGCUUAAACACUUGAUUUAGCAAGCAGGGCUGAAUGAUCCAUUUCUACGACAGAGUAAUUUUAACUCCUGAGAGUGGGUGGGUUUUGUAGUAGGUAGAGUAUUAAAUCUGCUUAAUCAGGUCACCAGCUUUUGUACUUUACCCAAAUGAAUUGGAAAGCCCCAUGAGGAGAGUAACUUAACUGAGGGGGAGAAGAGGGAGAGAUAUGCUACGGAAAGAAGUUCAAAACUAAGGUAAUGGGAGAACAGGCAGAUACAGCAAGUUAUUAGGAAGAUCAAUGGUGGUGCAUUGACUAUUAUUGCAAGAGAAUUUGAAUACAUGAGUAAGGUAUUGCAACUAUAUUAGACCUGGUGAAACUGUAUCUAGAAUACUAUGUGCACAUCUAGUUGCCCCACCUCAUGAGGAUGUACAGUAUGUAACAGGGAAUGCAGCAAAGGCUCACACAUUGAUUUUAGUGAUAGGGGGAUUUACCAUGAGGCAUGUUUAUGAAGACUACACCUUUGUUCUCUGGAGUUCAGAAGAAAGAAACAUACAAUAUACUCACAGGGCUGAUGAAGUAGAAAAGGAAUAAUGUUUCUCCUGGCUGAACUGUCUAGAAUCAGGAAUUAACAUAAGGGGUUGACAAUUCAGGACAGAAGCUGGUAUAAUCUUCUUCACUUAGCAGGUAGUAAUUUCUCUAGCAAAAGAGAGCUGUGGUGGCUCAGUCAUGGAGUAUAUCAAGAUGGAAACAGGAGUGGGUGAGGGUACAGUACAGUGGAAUUAGCAAUAAGGAAAUGUCACUAAUCCACACUGACUGUGGUCUUCUGAUGAGGAGGUCAAGGAUCUAGUUGUAGAGGGAGGUACAGAGGCCCAGGUACUUUGACAGGUACAUGGGUAGGAAAGGUUUAAGAGACCAAAUGGAUCCAGAUUAGAUGGGAAUCUUAAUCUGCAUGGAUCAGUUGGGCCAAAUAACCAAUUUCCAUUUUGUAUGACUCUAAUGAUCAUGGGCAAUGCAACAAGUGUCCUUCACAUUUUUUCUUUCCACCAUUCUGGAACACAAAUUGGCCUUUCAAAUAAAGCAGCUUCUACUUGCACUUCCUCCAAUUUACAAUAUGCAGGUAACACACAAACGCUGGAGGAGCUCAGCAAGUCAGGUAGCAUCCACGGGGGAUUGUUUCAGGCCAAGCAUCAUCAGGACAGGCGCAUGGAUAAAAAAGAUUAACAGAGGAAAUGGACUGAACAGCAAUCUUUAUUAGCAUGGACCUGUUGGACCACAUGGGUUUCCAUAUAUGACACUACCACAGCAGGAGAUGAAGGGUCAGACUUGCUGACUUCCUCCAGCAUUUCUGUAUGAAUCUCUUAUGUUUAUGCUAGAUUUGUAUUUUGUGUUAACAACAUGGUCUCCUAUACAAUGAAAAAAAACAAAAUGUGGAUUGGGUAACUAAUUUGCAGACACCUACAUCAGAUCUAUAUAAAUGUGAAGAUCUUCCACAUUCAGUGUCAAAUUCCAUAAUCUCAGAUAAUCCUUUUCCUCUGUGUGUAUCAGAUCUGUCCACUUGCACUGUAACACUGCAGCCAGCAGGGUAUCAGUGCGUAGGGAUGCAGAAUCUAAAAGGGUAGCAAGUACAAUACUCAAAGUGUUACAUCUCAAUACACAGAGUACAAGAAAUAAGGUGCAAGAUCUUGUUGCAUUAUUAUAGAUGAUAAGGUCACAUGGCUGAAGGAUAGUUGUAGUUGGGAGCUGAAUGUCCAACGUUACACAUUGUGUCAGAGGGACAGAAAAGUAGGCAGAGGGAGUGUUGUGGCUCUGCUGGCAAAGAAUGGCAUCAAAUCAGUUGAAAGAUGUAACAUAGGAUCUCAACCCAUGAGAUGUUGAAUCCUCUUGGGUUGGGUUCAGAAACUGCAAGAGUAAAAGGACCUUGAUAGCAGUUAUGUACAGGCCUCCCAACAAUGGCUGGGAUGAGGACCACAGAUUACAAAUGGAAAUAGACAAGGGGUGUCAAAAGAGCAAUGUUAUGAUAGCCAUGGAAGAUUACAAUAUGCAGGCAGAUUGAGAAUUGAUAAUUGAUAAAGCUUGGUAAUUGAUCUCAAGAGAGUGAUUUUGCUGAAUGCCUAUGAGAUGGCUUUUUAGAGCAGUUUGUCAUUGAGCCUACUAGGGGAUCAGCUAUACUGGAUUGGGUGUUGUGUAAUGAACCAGAGGCGAUUAGGGAGCUUAAGGUAAAAGAACCCUUAGGAGGCAAUGAUCACAAUACGAUUGAGUUCAACUUAAAAUUUGAUAGGGAGAAAGUAAAGUUUAAUGUAGCAGCAUUUCAGUGGAGUAAAAUAAAUUACAGUGGUAUGCGAGAGGAGUUGGCCAAAGUAAAUUGGAAAGAGAUGCUGGCAGGGAUGACAGCAGAGCACCAAUGAUGUGAGUUUCCCAGAAAAAUGAGGAAAGUGCAGAAUAGAUGUAUUCAAAAAAACAAAGAAAUACUCAAAUGGAAAAUAGUACAACUAUGGCUGACAAGGGAAGUCAAAGCUAAUGUAAAAGCAAAAGAGAGGGCAUACAAGCAAAAAUUAGCGAGAAGACAGAUGAAAUAUGAAAGUAAGCUAGCAAACAGUAUCAAUGAGGAUGGUAAAAGCUUUUUCAAGUAUGUAAAAAUAAAAGAGAUGAGUGUGGCUAUAGGACAGCUAGAAAAUAAGGCUGGAGUAAUAAUAACAGGGGACAGAGAGCUAGCAGAUGAACUAAAUGAGUAUCUUACACCAGUCUUCAUUGUGGAAGAUACUAGUAGUGUGCCAGAUGUUGAAGGGUGUGAGGAAAGAGAAGUGAGUGCAGUUACUAUUACAAGGGAGAAGGUGCUCAAAAAGCAGAAGAACCUAAUGGUGCAUAAGUCACCCGGACCAGAUAAACUCCACACUACAAUUCUGAAAGGGAUAGCAGUAGAGAUUGUGGAGACAUCAGUAAUGAUUUUUCAAAAAUCAUUAGGCUCUGGCAUGGUGCCAGAGGACUGGAAAAUUGCAAAUGUCACUUCACUCUUUAAUAAAGGAGUAAGGCAGCAGAAAGGAAAAUUAUACACCAGUUAGCCUGACCUCAGCAGUUGGGAAGAUGUUGGAGUCAAUGUUAAGGAUGAGGUUAUGGAGUACUUGGUGACACAGGACAAGAUAGGACAAAGUCAGCAUGGUUUCCUUAAGGAAAAAUCUUGCCUGUCAAACCUGUUGGAAUAUUUUGAGGAGAUUACAAGCAGGUUAAAGGAGAUGUAGUGGAAGUUGUAUAUUUGGACUUUCAGAAGGUCUUAACAAGUUGAGAGCCAUGGUAUUACAGGAAAACUACUGGCAUAGUUAGACCAUUAGCUGAUUGUUAGGAGGCAGUGAAUGGGAAUAAAAUAAUCCUUUUCUGGUUGGUUCCCAGUGACUAGUGGUAUUCCGCAGGGGUCGGUGUUGGGACCACUUCUUUUUAUUCUGUAUAUCAAUGAUUUAGAUGAUGGAAUAGAUGGCUUUGUUGCCAAGUUAGAUGAUACAAAGAUUGGUGGAGGGGCAGAUAGUGUUGAGGAAACAUUACAGGUGUAAUACAGGUGUGUAAUUUGAUGAGAAGCAUUGACUGUAUGGAUAACCAAAGGCUUUUUCCCCCAGGGCUGAAAAUUGCUAACAUGAAGGGGUAUAGUUUUAAGAUGCUUGGAAGUAGGUACAGAGGGUAUAUCAGAGGUGAGAUUUUCCAGAGAGUGGUGGGUGCAUGGAAUGCACUGCUGGCGACAGUGGUGGAGGCAGAUGUAAUCGGGUGUUUUAAGAGACACUUAGAUAGAUACAUGGAGCUUAGAAAAUUACAGGGGCUAUAUAGUAGGGUAAGUCUAGGCAGCUUCUAGAGUAGAUUAGAUGGUCAGCACAACGUUGUGGUCUAAAGGGCCUGUAAUGUGCUGUAGAUUUCUAUGUUCUAUUCUUACUCCCCAAAUACCCUCAUUUCAUACUUUUGGGUUUUCUCACCCAUAAAGCAGAAGACCUCAGCAAAUUCAUUAGUCAUUCCAUUCAUCCUGACCAUUCCUUCCCCAGAAGCCCUGAAACCCUUAAGCUAAUUUGUUUUCUUCCUCUCCAGUCUUAGGGAAGAUUUUCGAGCUGAAAGUUGACUUUUUCCCAAGUUUCCGGCAUUUAAAGCCUAUUUCUGAAGGUUAGGCCCAGCACGCACUUUGACCCUGGCCUGCGUGACGUGACCGUGUCGGCCAGAGGGAGAUGGCGGCGGACGGCCUGAACUGGUUCACCGUCCUCUUGGUGGCCGCUGUUUUCCUGCUGACUCACUGCGUGGUGAAGCGCCGGGCUCGGGCUCGGGACCGCGCCAGGCUCCCCGCCGGCCCGCGGCGCUGGCCCCUGAUCGGCUCGCUGCCGGGCCUCGGCUCGGAAGCUCGGCUCCCUCCGCAUCUGCUGCUCAGCGCCAUGGCAGAGACGUACGGCAGCGUCUCCAGCUUGUACCUGGGCGGCCGGCUGCUGGUGGUGCUGAACGGCUUCGAGGCGGUCAGAGACGCGCUGCAACGCAAUGCCGACGUGUUCUCCGACAGACCAACCAUCCCCCUGAUAACCAUCAUAACCCAGCGCAAAGGAAUAGUCUUUGCACCAUAUGGUUUGGUCUGGAAGGAGCAAAGAAGAUUUUCCCUCUCAAUUUUGAGGCAUUUCGGUUUUGGGAAACUUGAUCUAGAGCCUAAAAUCUUAGAGGAACUGAAAAUAGUGAAGUCACAGCUUUCGAAAGCAGUGGGAACAGCCUUUUCUCCUUGUCAUGUUAUUAAUAAUGCUGUAUCUAACAUCAUUUGUUCAAUGUGCCUUGGAAAACGGUUUGACUAUGAUGAUGAAGAAUUUAAAACCAUUUUGCAUCUGAUUGCUCGAGGAAUGAAAUUAGCAUCAAACAGCCCUGCAAUGCUCAUCAAUGUAUUUCCUGUCCUUAGGUAUUUACCUUUUGGGCCUUUCAAAGAGGUUGCCCAAACUGUAAAGGAUGUAACUUCAUUUCUGAAAAAAAUCAUUGCUGAGCACCGAAAAACUAUGGAUCCUGAAAACCCUCAUGAUUUUAUUGAUUUUUAUCUAAAGGAGGUAGACUGUGAAAUACAACAGAACCAAAAUACAAGCUUUAGUGAAGAUUAUUUAUUUUACAUCAUUGGUGAUCUCUUUGUGGCAGGGACAGAUACAACAUCCAAUACUUUGCUGUGGGCUAUUCUUAUAAUGGCUUCACAUCCAGAAGUCCAAGAACGGGUUCAUAGAGAAAUCAUGGCCGUUAUUGGUGAGUCUAGACUUCCUUCUUACAAAGACAGACAUCACAUGCCAUUCACAGAAGCAACAAUAAUGGAAAUUCAGAGGAUGACAACAGUUGUUCCACUAGCCAUCCCACAUAUGGCAUCAGAAACUGUUGCAAUCUGUUGUGAAUCAUAUUGGUGGCGUUCAGAUCUGGCAACCAAUAAGUUACAAGAGGUCUAGGUACAAUCUCCAGAAAGCCAUAUCACAGGUGAAGUGGCAAUUCCGGACUAAGCUUGAAUCAGUGAAGGAUGCUUGACAGUUGUGGCAGGGCUUGAAUGUUAUUGCUUCUUACAAAGUGAGACCAGAUGACAGGUGACAACAAGGCUUCACUCCCAGAUGAGCUCAAUUCCUUCUGUGCUCGCUUUGACUGUCAAAACAUGAAGGAUUCCUCAGCCCCCGACAUGAAAGCGUUCUUCAAGAGGGUGAACCCAUGGAAAGCAUCUGGCCAGAGGAGGUACCAGGCCGAGUACUGAAGACCUGUGCUGAUCAACUAGCUGGAAUGUUCACGGAUAUCUAUAACUUCUCGCUUCAAUAAUCUGAAGUACACACCUGCUUCAAGCACUCUUGAAUUAUACCAGUGCCUAAGAAGAACACAAUAACCUGCCUCAUUGACUAUUGUCCAGUAGUACUUGCUGUGUGUAGGCCUCUGUUAGACUACAUCCACACUAGAACGGAUAAUUUUGAAAACGCCGGUUUCACGUAAAAACGAUAGGCAUCCACACUAUGUUUUUUUGAAAAUAUCUCUAUCCACAAUGAAAUGGAGAUUGCGGCGAAUCUCCUCCUCCUGCGCAUGCAUAGGACACAUCUACCGAAAACAAGCGACAUGUUUGGUGUCGAAUCUCGCCAUAAAAAUGCGCGUUUGUGUAGUUACAGACUAGAAAAACUUAAAACAACGGACAGCUGUUGCCUCUCGUGCAGGAGAACUUAAAACUAAAAUAAAACAAAUACUGGAGCGUACGGCAACAACCGACAGGGAGUUCAUGGACAGAUUUAUCCGGCUGACAACGAACAUUGAAAAACUGACUAAGUCUGUUGCAUUAAUAAAGCACCUUGUUAAAUGUAUAAAACAUGUCUGUAUCAGUGUUAUCUUGUAUUUCCAUACAAUGUUACAUUAGGCUGUUACACAUCUAUUGUCAGAGAAGUACUUGCAUAAAUAGGUAAACCACCUUCAUAUGAGCAAGGACAGAAAACAGGGCAAAGUGAGUACAGUAUACUUAUUUAUUCAGUAAGUUAUGGGUCAAAGUAUUUGGUGAGUACAUUUCUAACUCUCCUGGCUUCAGUCUCUUUGCCAUCUGUUCUGAAAUUGUUAGGUUGCGUUCAAGAAAACAAUGAAAUAGCGUGCUGCUGUCUGACAGCGUUUUCAGAUUUCUCCGGUUACCCCGUCCACACUGAUCUCCCUGAGCAGCGUUUUCAAAAAUACCCACCCUGAAAAGCUCCAGUUGUGGGGGACGAAAACGCCGUUUUAGUGUGGAGGGAGGGUAAAAACGAAGAGAAAAAGUUUUGGUUAUGGAUUUAUCUGGUGUAGUGUGGAUGUAGCCUUAGUCUCAAUAGACCAUUUGUGCCUUGGAAAGUUCCCAGGGCGCAAGCCUGGGCAAGGUUUUUUUUAUGGAAGACUGGUAGUUGCUGAAGCUGCAAGUCUCCCCUCUCCACACCACCGAUGUUGUCCAAGGGAAAGGCAUUAUGACCCAUAAGCUUGGCACCGGUGUUGUCACAGAGUAGUGUGUGGUUAAGUGCCUUGCUCAAGGACACACAUGCAGCCUCAGCCAAGGCUCAAACGAGCAACCUAAAGAUCACUAGAUGAAUGCCUAAACCACUUGGCCACACGCAACACAUUACUUACUGUACGUCCACAGUGAUGAAGUACUUUGAGAGGUUAGUGAUGAAAUGUAUCAACUCCUGCCUGAGAGGUGACUUACAUCCAUCCUACAGUUACUUAGUUCCACGACUGGCACAAUAGGUCCACAGCGGAUGCCAUUUCUUUGACUCUUCACUCAACCCUGGAACAUCUGGACAGCAAAGAUGCAUACAUCAGGAUGCUCUUUAUUGACUACAGAUAUUCAAUACUACCAUCCCCUCUAAACUACUGAAUAAGCUUCAAGAUCUUGGCCUCAAUACCUCCUUAUGCAUUUGGAUCCUCAAUGUUCUCAAUUGCCGACUCCAUUCUGUUUGGAUUGACAACAGCACCUCCUCCACAAUCUCCAUCAGUACAGGUGCACCACAAUUCUGAGUGUUUAGGCCCCUGUUCUGCUCGGUUUAUUCAGGUAUGCGUCGCCUAACGUCCCCGAUACGUUACGUGGAACCCAACGUUAUGCAAUUUGGACAUUGUGUGAACACCAUAUUAUAUACAUUGUGAACCUAUAUCGAGUAUCGCUUUACUGUACUGUAAUGUACCCAUAUUGACUAAAUAGCCAAGAAUUUACACUAAAACUGCAUACUGUAUGCUAUAAUACAUACACAAUAGUUUUAUUUUACUUUUAAAGUUUUAUUUUCAUUAAAUGUUUUAGUUUUUUUUGCUUUUUAAAUGUUAAUGUAAACACUUUUAUGCAAACACUUUUGGGUUGGUUACGUCGGCCACGUUGGUUACGUCACUACAUCACAUUCUCCGAUCAGGACCACAGACGUAUAUGUGAUUGGACAUUGUCCGCAUGGACGUUAAGCGGCGCACACCUGUACUUAUGACUGUGAGGCUAAGCUCAGCUGCAAUGCUACAUUUAAAUUUGCUGAUGACAACACUGUUGUUGGCUGAAUCAAAGGUGCUGUGGAAUCAGGAGAUAAGAGGGAGAUUGAACAACAACAACAACCUUUCAGCCAGACCAAGGAGCUGAUUAUUGACUUCACCAAAGAUCCAUGAACCAGUCUUCAUUAGGGGCUCAGAGGUGGAGAGGCUCAGCAACUUUAAAUUCCUCAGUGUUAUCAUUUUAGAGGAUCUGUUCUGAGCCCAGCAUGUAAAUGUCGUUAUGAAGAAAGCACAGCAUGCUUCUGCCUCUUUAAAAGUUUGCAAAAGAUUCAGCAUGACAUCUAAAACCUUGAAAAACCUCUAUGUAUGUGUCUAUAAGACCAUAAGAUAUAGGAGCAGAAUUAGGCAAUUUGGCCCAUCACUCCUGCUAUGCCAUUUUAUCAUGGCUGAUCCGAUUUUCCUCUCCUUCCUUCUCUCUGUAUCCUUUGAUGUCCUGACCAAUCAAAAAUCUAUCAACCUCUGCAUUAAAUAUACAUAAAGACUUGGCCUCCACAGCACCCUGUGGUAAAGAAUUCCACGGAUUCACCACUCUCUUGCUAAAGAUAUUCCUCCUCUGGUCUCCCACCAUAGGAAACAUCUUCUCCACAUCCAAUCUAUCAAGGCUUUUCACUAUACGAUACAUUUCAAUGAGCUCACCCCUCAUUCUUCUGGCUUCUCGUGAAUACAGGCCCAGAACCACCAAACGCUCUUCAUAUGACAAGCCAUUCAAUCCUGGAAUCAUUUUCGUGAACCUCCUUUGGACCCUCUCCAUUUUCAGCACAUACUUUCUAAGGGGCCCAAACAUGCUCACAAUACUCCAAGUGAAGCCUCACCAGUGCUUUAUAAAUUCUGAACAUUACGUCCUUGCUUUUAUAUUCUAGUCCUCUUGAAACGAAUCUUACAUCACAUUUGCCUUCCUUGCCAUAGACUCAACCUGCAAAGUAACCUUUAGGGAAUUCCGCACAAGGACUCCCCAGUCCCUUUGCGUCUCAAUUUUUUGUAUUUUCUCUCCAUUUAGAAAAUAGUCAACCCUUUCAUUUCUUCCACCAAAGUGCAUGACCAUACACUUCCCAAUUCUAUAUUCCAUCAGCCAUUUCUUUGCCCAUUCUCCGCAUCUAUCUGAGUCCUUCUGUAGCCUCUCUACUUCCCCAAAACUACCUGCCCAUCCACAUAUUUUCAUAUCAUCUGCAAUCUUCGCAACAAAGUCAUUAAUUCCAUCAUCCAAAUCAUUGACCUGCAGCAUAAUAAGAAUCGGUCCCAAUACAGACCCCUGUGGAACACCACUAGACACCAGCAGCCAGUCUGAAAAGGCUCCCUUUAUUCCCACUCUUUGCCUCCUGCCAGUCAGCCAUCACUGUAUCUAUAAAGAAUCUUUACUGUAAUACUAUGGGCUCAUAGUUUUCAAGCAGCUUGCAAAGGCCUUCUGAAAAUCCAAAUACAUAACAUCAACCAAUUCUCCUCUACCAAUCAUUCUUGUUAUUUCUGCAGUGAAUUCCAACAGAUUUAUCUGGCAAGAUUUUCCCUUGCAGAAACCAUGCUGACAAUGGGCUAUUUUUUCAUGUGCCUCCAAGUACCCUGAGACCUCAUACUUAAUAAUCGGCUUAAGCAUCUUCCCAGCCACUGAGAUCAGAUUAACAGGCCUAUAGUUUCCUUCCUUCUUCUUUUCUCCCUUCCUGAAAAGUGUCAAUUUGCAAUUUUCCAAUCUUCCAGAACCAUUCCAAAAUCUAGUGAUUCUUGAAAGAUCAUCACUAAUGCCUCAACAAUCUCUUCAGCCACCUCGUUCAGAUGGUGUACACCAUCUGGUCCAGGUGUCUUAUCUACCUACAGACCUUUCAGUUUCCCAAGAACCUUCUCUCUAGUUAUGGUAACUUCACACACUUCAUGGCCCUUACCUGGAACUUACCCUUACCUGGAACUUCCAGCACACUGCUGGUGACUUUCACAGUGAAGACUGAUGCAAAAUACUUAUUCAGUUCGUCCUCCAUUCCAUUGUCCCCCAUUACGACCUCUUCAGCAUUGUUUUCCAGUGGUCUGAUAUUCACUCUCACCUCUCUUUUACACUUUAUGUACUGUAUCUAAAGAAACUUUUGGUAUCCUCUUUAAUAGUAUUGACUAGCUUAUUUUUGUAUUCCAUCUUUACCUUUUUAAUAACUUUGCCUUUUGUUGGUUUUUAAAUGCUUCCCAAUCCUCUAACUUCCCACUAUUUUUUGCUCUAUUAUGUGCCCUCUCUUUGGCUUUUAUGUUGACUUUGACUUCUCUUGUUAACCAUGAUUUUGUCAUCUUUUGUUUAGAAUACUUAUUCCUCUUAGAGAUGUAUGUAUCCUGUGCCUUCUGAAUUGCUUCCAGAAAUUCCAGUCAUCACUGCCAGUGUUCUUUUCCGAUCAAUUCUGGCCAACUCCUCUCUCAUGCCUUUGUAAUUCCUUUACCUCCACUGCAAUACUAAUAUCUCUAACUCUGGCUUCUCCUCAAAUUUCAGGGUGAAUUCGAUCAUGUUAUGAUCACUUUCCCCUAAGGGUUCUUUUACCUUAAGCUGUCUAAUCGAUUCUGGUUCAUUGCACAACACCCAAUCCAGAACAGCUGAUCCUCUCAGGAUUCAACCACGAGCUGCUCUAAAAAGCUAUCUUAUAGCCCCUCUAGAAAUUCCUCCUCCUGUAAUUCAGCACCAACCUGAUUUUGCUAAUCUACCUGCAUAUUGAAGUCCCCCGUAACAUUGCCCUUUUGGCAUGCAUCUUCUAUCUCCCAUUGUAAUUUGUAGGCCAUAUCCUCACACUGUUUGGGGUCUGGAUACAACUCCCAUCAGGGUCUUCUUACCCUUGCAGUUCCUUAGUUCUAUCCACAAUGGUUCAACUACUUCUGACCCUAUGUCACCUCAUUCUAUGGAUUUGAUUUCAUUGUUUACUAACAGAGCAAUUCUGCCCCUCUACUUUCCCGCCUAUCCUUUUGAUACAAUAUAUAUCCUUGGACCUUAAUCUCCCAACUGUAAUCUUUCAGCCAUGAUUGAGGAAUACCUACAACAUCGUACCUGCUAACCUGCAACUGUGCUGCAGUCUACCUUAUUCCGUAAACUGCGUGCAUUCAGAUACAACAGGCCAUAUAAUCAAAUGACAGGGAAGUUAUUUUCAGGGUCCUGCUUACAAUUUAUCUGUCAAACAACAUUAUAAAGGAUUACCUGGAUCACUACAUAGUGCACCUUAGCUGUAUGCAUCAAAAUUAACAGUCAUGAUUCCUACAGUAAACAAUAUUUACACUUUGUGUGCUAUUUCAUUAUCUGGAAAGUGUAUCCCUCAAGAGAUGUUGAAUGUGCUGUAUAAAUGUAAGUUUCCUUUCCCCUUUUUGCAGACACUGACUUCAGUUCUCUGCCCUAGAAAAUAUUUAUAAGCCAGCGUCGUCAUCUCAGACUUUGCACUAGCAGUCACAAUACUACUGACCAGUUUUCCUGAUGAGGAGUCUUAGCCAGAAAUAUUGACUACUUAUUCUUCUCCAUAGAUGCUGCUUGAACUGAAGAGCUCCCCCAGCACUUAGUAUGUGCUCCUCAAGUUUUCCAGCAUCUGCAGAAUCUCUCGUGCUAUUGAUCAGUUUUCUCUUCUGAUUGUGUCUUCCUAUCUUUUUCCCACCCUCUUCUUCCAAAAUCUCAAUUCAUCAUCAGCAUGCCAGAUUCAUUUUGGGUCAUGUUCAUUUCCCGAAAUCAACUCCUCUUUCACCAAAUGAUUCAUUGCUCCAACUUCUGAAGUACAAAGACUAUUGAGAUCAGUUAGAAAUAUUAAAAUGUAUGUUAGCACCCAAGCUUCUAUCAAAUGCUGUAUCUUUCUCAGAUGUAAAAGAAUGCUGGCAAAAGGUUCUAGUGUCUGUGGUUUCCUUACUAUUAUAACAAUAAUGAAAACAUGUUUGUGCUGUUAUUUAUUAGUUUAUAUUUAUGAGAUCUGAGUCAGCUAUGACUUUAUUGUUUAUUUUCAUCCUAUUAUGAACCUUAUAAUGAGUCAUAAUUUAAAUGUCUGGAAAAUCAAUUUGCCUCACACCAUUAUUCCCCAAAAACAUCAGCAAUAAAUAAAUUGUUUGGAACAAAUCCAAUUGCAUAGGGCUAUCUGAUAGUCAAUGGACCAGAGGAAAUAGUCUAAGAGCCUUUAAAUAGGUAAGAAAAACAAAAUAUUUACAUGAAACAAAGUACAAUAUUUUGAUUUCUAUGUUUAUGAAUGUUUUAGCAGAUUGAGCAAAGAAAUUUUGGAAUAAAGUACUCGGAUUCAUCCCUCUCUCAAAUAAUGAU